AUGAAUGUCACAAACUAUGAGAUUUUAGGUGUGGGACAUGAUGCUAGUACUCAGCAACUAAAAGUGGCGUACCACCAAAAAUUGCUCGCUACUCAUCCAGAUAAAACUGGUGACUCCGCGGAUGAUUCCAAAGUUCUGAUUUCUGCCAUUCAAGAGGCAUAUCGUGUGCUCAGCAAUGCCCAAAGUCGGGAGAAAUAUGAUGAAGACUUAAAGACUUCUUUCAAAAAACAGGGUUUCAACAUAACUGGUGCUGGUCUCGAUGUUUAUACUCUCGAGUCUUUUCAAUGCAGCGACGACGAAUACCCAGUGUGGACUCGAAACUGUCCUCGUUGUUCAAGCGAAAAUUCCAUUGAAUUGAAGGAAGCAGACUUGGAAAUGGGUACUCCUGACGGUCUGGGCGGGUACCAGAUCAUGGUUCCAUGUCUGAGCUGUAGUCUCUGGAUUACAGUGCUGUACGAGGAGGAAGACGAAGAAGAAGAGUGA